UAUGGCCUCGGCUCCAUCUUCCGGUUGGGACUUGGACUCUCUGGUGCUAUUGUAAUAACAACGAUUUCCAAGGCUUUGGACUAGAAACCCCAUUUUCAUUGGCCGAAAUGGCGUCUAACGAUUAUUCCCAAACACCUGCCCAUGGCUAUGGCUCCUAUGGCGGUGGGACUAACCAGGGCUAUGGUCAGUCCUCUGGCCAGAGCUACAGCCAGCAGGGCUAUGGAGGCUACAGUCAAAACUCUGAUAGCAGCUCUGCCUCCUACAACCAAGGAGGCUAUGGCAACUAUGGGCAACCUCAGUCAGGAGGAUAUGGUUCUCCACCGCCAAACCAAAGUGGAGGUGGCUAUCCACAGUCCAAUCAAUCCUAUAACUCUGGAGGCUAUAACAGCAGCAACCAGCCAUCUCCCAGCAGCUACAACCAGCAGUCAUCCUACUCCAGUUAUGGCCAGCAGCCUUCUGCCUCCUCGCCUGCAGGUUAUGGUGGAAGCUCCCAGACCCCUGGCUAUGGCCAGCAACAGAGUGGGGGGGGCUACAGUGGCCAGAGUGGAGGUGGGUACAGUGGCAGUGGGGGCCAGACUGGUGGCUAUGGGAACAACGGCAGCCACCAACAACCAUCCCAGCACGGGGGAUCUCCCUACAGCCAGCCUCCCAGCUACAACUCCCCCCCUCCACAGAGCUAUGGUCAGCAGAGCCAGUAUGGCCAGAGUGGAGGGUAUGGACAGGACAGCCCACCAAUGAGUGGUGGAGGUGGAGGAUACGGUGGCCAGGAAGGAGGUUAUGGAGGCCAGGAUGGCCGUGGUGGCAGGGGCCGUGGAGGUGGAUAUGGAGGUCGCGGUGGCGGUGGAUAUGACCGUGGUUUUGACCGAGGUGGCAGAGGAGGACCAAGAGGGAGAGGUGGCAUGGGAAUGGGCGACCGUGGAGGAUUCAAUAAGUUUGGUGGACCAAGAGACCAGGGACAUGGGCAUGGAGGACACAGCUCCAUGCAAGACCAAGAUAAUUCUGACAAUAACACCAUCUUUGUGCAAGGCCUGGGAGAUAACUACACUGUUGAUUCAGUGGCAGACUUUUUUAAGCAAAUUGGAAUCAUCAAGGUCAAUAAGAAGACAGGCCUGCCCAUGAUAAAUCUGUACACAGACAGAGAGACAGGGAAGCUGAAGGGGGAGGCCACGGUUUCUUUUGAUGACCCACCCUCAGCUAAGGCUGCCAUUGACUGGUUUGAUGGGAAGGACUUCAAUGGAAAUCCCAUUAAGGUGUCUUUUGCCACCCGCAGAGCAGACUUUGGAGGCAGGGGUGGCAUGAGAGGGGGUCGAGGACGAGGAGGGCCGAUGGGUCGUGGCGGGUUUGGAGGGGGCAGAGGAGGAGGAGGCUUCCCAGGAGGCAAUGGGGCAGGAGGAGGAGGGCAGCAGAGGGCUGGAGACUGGAAGUGUUCAAACCCUGAUUGUGGCAACUUGAAUUUUUCGUGGCGCAAUGAGUGCAACCAGUGCAAGGCCCCUAAACCUGAGGGGGCGGGUGGGAUGCCCCCGAUGGAACGAGGAGGUUAUGGAGGAGAGCGUAGUCGCGGGGGAUUUGAGCGGGGCGGCUUCAGGGGCCGAGGCGGGGACCGGGGGGGCUUCAGAGGAGGCCGAGGAGGAGACAGGGGAGGCUACGGCCCUGGCAAGAUGGACGGAAGGGCCGACCACAGACAGGAGCGGCGAGACCGGCCCUACUAAAUCAUCCUCCACGUCCAGAGCCCUGAACCCCCACCCAGCCCAUCCCAGCCCACAUGUUUUGUACAACACUAUUAGAAGCUGUUCCUUUGACCCUUGUGGCUGAUUGUGUAGAGAAAUGUUUCAAAGAGAUUUCCCUGUUUUUGUGUUUUCUCUUCCUCAUUCUGUUGAUUUUUUGUUAUUUGACUCACACUUCACUCACAUCUAGUCCCCUCUCUCGUCUGCUCUUCUCUCCACAUCUCUCAAGUUGUGCUUAAUGAUGAAGUUUUCUUUAUUUUUGUUGAAAGAAAUGCGAGUUAAUUUAUUACUCCUGAGCCUUGUGUGAGUCUUUUUGUAUUGUGUAUUUGUUGGUUUUCAAAUGAAAGUGUUUGUAAGACCCAAACAGU